CACUUGCCUCGAUAUUUUAACCCAUCUAGAUUUGAAUCACGAACUCUCCUCAUUCCUUCCUCUCCCUCUCUCAAUUUCUCUCCUCCUAUUUAACCCUUUCUAAACAAACUUCAAACCUCUUCAACCUUUCUCAACUUUCAUCAACACACUAUUUUCUUCACAAUGUCUCAAAAGCACUUACACGAGCUUCUCAAAGAAGACCAAGAACCAUUUCUUCUAACCAACUACAUUUCAAACAAACGUAACCAACUGAAAAGACAAUCCCCAAACACAACUUUACAAUUGAAAAAACAAAAACCACCAACAACAACAACAAUUAACCUAUGCAAAAACGCUUGUUUCCUCUCAUUCCAAAACACACCCGAUAUUAAAAAAUCACCAAUCUUCGAAUUAAAUUCACCGGUUAAAAAAAGUCCACGUGGAUCCUCCAACGCUAUUUUCCUUCAAAUCCCAGCCAAAACGGCGUCGCUUUUACUCGAAGCCUCACUCAGGAUUCAGAAUAAAAAACCGCAUUGCAAAAAUAAACCGUUCCGGUUGGGUUCGUUUUUCAAGAAAUUAACGCAACGAAACAGAAACAAAAAAAGUGAAUCAAUUGAAGCUAAGAAAGAGGUGGGAUCCUGUGAGGUGGGGUACAGGUGUUCUUCUUGGAAUGGAAGAACGAGUAGUGCGGUGUGGUCGGAGAGCAACGAGGAUAAAUCGUUGGAUAUGGAAACUUCGUGUAGUGGACAUUCGUGUGACUAUGUUGAACAAGUUCAAUUUGUGAUGAACAAGGACAAAGAAAAUGGAGAUUGUGCUUGUUUUCAUCAUCGUCGAUUUUUCUGUGAAAGUCCUUUUCGUUUUGUUCUUCAAAGGACUGCUUCCUCCUCUUCCGCCCGCCGUACGCCGGAUUUUCUCUCGCCGGUGGGUUCACCUACUCACAAUCAAACUGAGGACAAAGAAAAUAAUGGAGGUGACGAAGUCAACAAAUUCCAAUCAGGGGAAGAUGAGGAAGAGAAGGAACAGUGUAGUCCAGUAUCUGUUUUAGACCCACCAUUUGAAGAUUAUGAUGAUGAUUGCCAUGAAAACGACGAUCAAGAGGGUGGUUUUGAUUUGGAAUGUAGCUACGCCAAUGUACAAAGAACCAAGCAACAACUAUUAGACAGGCUUCGAAGAUUUGAGCAACUUGCGGAGUUAGAUCCACUACAACUUGAGAAAAGAAUGCACGACGAAGAAGACAUCGAUUACGAAACAUUUUUCGGAAAGUACGAUGUUGAAGAAGAUGAUAGUGAAGCACCAUGUGAAGAGAAGUCCAUGAAAGAAAUAGUUUGUGAAAUCCUCUCCCGUUCACGUGUUCAUGAUAAAUGGCAAGAUCCAAAAGUUCUUAAGAAACUUGUUUAUGAUCUCAUUAAGGAGGAAGAGAAAGCACUUACUUUUUCACAUGAUAUGAACAUGGUAAUGAAAAGGGUGUGCAAGAAGCUGGAGUUGUGGAAAGAAGUGGAAUCUAACACCAUUGAUAUGAUGAUAGAAGAUGAUUUUUCUAGAGAGGAAAAUGGAUGGAAGAAAAAUGAUGUGGAGACAAAAGAGCUGGCUUGUGAGCUUGAGGUUGCUAUUUUUUUAUUUCUAGUUGAUGAAUUUUCAGAGGAAUUAGUAUGUUAAUGUUUUGGUAAAUUUUGAAGGAGUUGAGGUACUUAAUUAGUAUGAAUGAUUAUCUUUAUUCUUUCAUUAGAGGAGUAUAUGACUUCAACCUUAUUUCAAAAUAGGCUAGUUAGUAAAGAAAAAAAGAGAUCAAAAAAAGAUAAUUUGGGCUUGACAAUUGAGGGAAAACAUGGGGAUAUGUGUAAUGAUCCAUGUGUGUAGCUCGUUGCUUAGUGGGAGUGUAGAAUCCCUUCUACUGAUUAAAUUUUGUUACAAUUAUCAAUUUAAAGUUUGGACCAUCUA